AGUUAACUAUGGGCAAGGAAAAGGUUCACAUUUCGCUGGUCGUGAUCGGUCACGUCGACGCCGGUAAGUCGACCACCACUGGUCACUUGAUCUACAAGUGCGGUGGUAUCGACAAGCGUACCAUCGAGAAGUUCGAGAAGGAGGCUGCCGAGCUCGGCAAGACAUCGUUCAAGUACGCCUGGGUGCUUGACAACCUGAAGGCCGAGCGUGAGCGUGGUAUCACGAUCGACAUUGCCCUGUGGAAGUUCGAGUCCCCCAAGUACUUCUUCACGGUCAUUGACGCCCCUGGUCACCGUGACUUCAUCAAGAACAUGAUUACGGGUACCUCGCAGGCCGACUGCGCCAUCCUUGUGGUGGCCUCGGGUGUGGGUGAGUUCGAGGCUGGUAUCUCCAAGGAGGGCCAGACCCGUGAGCACGCUCUGCUUGCCUUCACUCUGGGUGUGAAGCAGAUGAUCGUCGCCAUCAACAAGAUGGACGACUCGUCUGUCAUGUACGGCCAGGCCCGUUACGAGGAGAUCAAGAACGAGGUCACCACGUACCUGAAGAAGGUCGGCUACAAGCCCGCCAAGAUCCCGUUCGUGCCCAUCUCUGGCUGGGAGGGUGACAACAUGAUCGACCGCUCCACCAACAUGCCGUGGUACAAGGGCCCCUACCUCCUUGAGGCUCUUGACAACCUGAACCCCCCUAAGCGCCCGGUUGACAAGCCGCUGCGUCUUCCUCUUCAGGAUGUGUACAAGAUCGGCGGUAUUGGCACGGUACCUGUCGGCCGUGUGGAGACCGGUGUCAUCAAGCCUGGCAUGGUCGCCACUUUCGGCCCCGUUGGUCUGUCGACUGAAGUCAAGUCCGUCGAGAUGCACCACGAGUCUCUGCCUGAGGCCGUCCCUGGUGACAACGUCGGCUUCAACGUCAAGAACGUGUCGGUGAAGGAGCUGCGUCGUGGUUACGUCGCCUCGGACUCCAAGAACGACCCGGCCAAGGGCACCCAGGACUUCACCGCCCAGGUGAUUGUGCUGAACCACCCCGGCCAGAUCGGCAACGGCUACUCGCCCGUGCUUGACUGCCACACGGCCCACGUUGCCUGCAAGUUCAAAGAGAUCACGGAGAAGAUGGACCGUCGUUCGGGCAAGGUGCUCGAGACUGCCCCCAAGUUCGUGAAGUCGGGUGAUGCCUGCAUGGUCAUCCUCGAGCCCUCGAAGCCCAUGACCGUCGAGUCGUUCCAGGAGUACCCUCCUCUGGGGCGUUUCGCCGUGCGUGACAUGCGUCAGACGGUUGCCGUCGGUGUCAUCAAGUCGGUGACCAAGAAGGACGCCUCGGCCAAGGGUGCCGCCAAGAAGAAAUAAGUUGUGCUGCACGCAUCUAUUGACACUUCUUGAUGGUCGAAGAGCGUUCGUAGUUCUGUAGAAGACAAUUGUUUGUUAAACGGAAUGAAGACGCUUUUGCCAACUUACUCCGUUUUUACAGUCUUAGGUGUGCCUAACAUCCCUGACGCCUUUCUUACCAGCUUACAUCAACCACGAUUCGUGUUUUGUCGGAGUAAGGAAGGUGUUAAAGAUUCAC